AUGUAUAAGCUGGUCUUCUGCUGUGUGCUUUUCAUAGGAUUCUUAAAUCCUCUCUUAUCUCAUCCUGUCCCUGACUCCAGGGAAGGGUCCCUGCAGCUCUUAGCAGCUGCCGCAGACGCAAGAUCCACUCUGGACGAGCUGGAAAGACUGGCCCUGCUGCAGAUGCUGCCGGAGACGUCAGGGGCAGAGACAGGUGACGGCCUUCAGAAAGCAGAUCUCAGUACCAACAUUGUUAACCCAAGAGGAAGUAUGGGAAAGUUUCGGGCUUUCUCUGGACAAGAUCCUAACAUCUUACGGAGUCAUCUUUUGGCCAGAAUCAGGAAACAAUAUAAGAAACGUGGGUCUCCUCCUGAAUGCUUCUGGAAAUACUGCGUCUGAAGUAAAAUCAAUAUCUGCUAGUCAACUCAAAAGCAACCAUGCUAGAAAACUACAAAUAAAAACGCUUGAUUUGAAAACAGUAUAGAAGAAA